UAGAGCUGGCGAGCGGCUGACAGCUUCAUCCUCGCAGGACACCCACAGGUUGUUGUUGUUCAUUGGGCUCCAGGUGUUUCCGGCUGGGAAAUGCUGAACCACCAGCGCUCGCUGUCCGAGCUGCCCAGGAUGUCGGCGGCCAGCCAGGUGGAGAGAGCCGUGCUGGAGGAGGAGUUCAACUGGCUGCUGAAAGAAGAAGUUCAUGCGGUUCUGAAGCAGCUCCAGGAUGUUCUGAAGGAGGCGUCCAGGAGGUUCUCUGUUCCUGCACCAGGACUGGAGAGUCAGCUGAAGCAGGAGAACUUCAUCCUGGGAAGCUCCACCAUGGACCAGGUGAAGGGCGUGUUGACCCUGCAGGGCGAGGCUCUCAGUCAGGCUGACAUCAACCUGAAGGUCGCCAAGAGCAGCCAGGUUCUGCACUUUCAGUUCCGAGAGGACAAGCAGUGGAAGCUGCAGCAGAUCCAGGACGCCAGGAACCACGUGUCCCAGGCUCUGCAGCUGCUCAGCAGUCACGACGAGAGCUACCACUUCAAGACCGGCGCAGAGGUCAACAAGCUGAUGGAUGCCGUGAUGCUGCAGCUGACCCGGGCCAGGAACCGACUGACCACGCCGGCCUCUUUGACCCUGCCGGAGCUGGCCACCAGCGGCCUCAUGAAAAUGUUCACGCCUCCCAUGCCUGGAGACGUGAUGGUCAACUUCUACAUCAACCUGAGCAAGCUGUGUCUGACCGUGUACCAGUUGCACGUGCUACCCGCCAACACCACCAAGAACUUCAAACCGGCCGGGAGCUCGGUGCUGCACAGCCCUGGAGCCAUGUUCGAGCUCAACAACAACCGCUUCGAGGUCAGCCACGUCCACAAGGUGGAGUGUGUGGUGCCCUGGCUCAACGACACCCUGGUGUUCUUCACCAUCUCCCUGCAGCUCUGCCAGCAGCUCAAGGACAAGAUCUCCGUCUUCUCCAGCUUCUGGAACUACCGGCCGUUCUAGACCUGGUGCCUGUCACCUGGGGUGGCGUGUGUGUGGGUUCCUUCACACACACACGCUGGUCACCUGCUCCACGUUCCACUCACGAUCAUCAUCUUCAUAUCCAUGUUCUGGGCAUUAUCUGCCGUUCCCAUGGCAACCGAGGGAGCCUCUCCACAUCUCUCUAUAGGCACAUGGACUUUAUUACGAAUCGUUGAGUGAUCAUGUUAGUAUGGAAGGCUAAGUGUGAGGAAGCUGCUCUACAGUCCGGAAUGAUCUCGUGUUGCUGAGGAACCAGUGGGUGUCACGUCACUACUAACAACUGGCUUCUCGCUCAUAACUCGCGCUGCAUUUCAGGACCGUCUGUUCUGAACGCUGGUGAUCACAUGACGCCCACGUCACUGACACCAAAGCCUACCUCGAAGACGAGAACAUGAAGAACAGCUUCCUCUAGUGACAGUCUAAUUUGCUGUGUAAUCACUUUGAGUUUUUGCGGUGAUCAUAUACAAAGUGGGAAAGACUUCACAACAUUCCCGCACCAUGGAGACACAGUGGUCGCGCCACACCAGGCACCUCCGCGCAUCACCGUCUCCAUGACUGUGGUCUAAGUUUGAUUUCUGUUGUCAAUACCAACCACAUGUUUGCACUUACACCCGCGCAGCUGUCCACUUCACACAUGACCAAACACUAGCUUUUGAUUUUGUUUGUGAAAUUGAAGCGUCAGUAUCGCCGUGGGAAAUGCUUUAUAUUGUCGUGUAUAUAUAUAUAUAUAUAUAUAUAUUCCAACGGUGACCUGAACUUCACCGUCAUAGACUGUUGAAGUCAGAACGUUUUUCUUCUUCUGAUAAACAAGCAUGAAACUGAUUAAUCUUUUUCAUCCUGAGUAGUACUUUCUGGCCACCAUCAUGACCUUGACUGCCGCACAGAGGUCACCAUUCGGGUCAGAUUCGGACCUUCAGAUAACAAAGCAUGCACGUGCACGUGCCUCCAAGACCAUUGGUCAGUGUUGUUUUGCAUCAGUGCAAAUGAUAAGCUACAUGUCCGUCACAAGCAGUGAUUUAAUCUGUGCAAUAAAAUAUACAACACCA